CCAACACUGGAGUUGUUUAUAUGGCAACGCAUAAUAGCAACGUAGCAAACAGUGCAUUUUUGUGGGCUUGUUAGUCCAGACAGCAAGCAGUUGUUUGCAGAAAUUAAAGUGUAUGUAGUAAAUGUAUUUAGUUGAUUUAGGAAAUAUGAAAUAUAUUUUUUUCCAGUUGAUAGGUGAUCUCUCUCAGUGCACAGUUAGUUGCUGGCUGAUGGCGAAAGCUUCUUAGCUGAUGUUAAGUGAAUACAGCGAUUUAGCUAGAUGCUCACAUGCUAACAUUGGUAGCCAGAUAACGUAAGCCAGAUAGGAGCAAUGUAGCAAAUGUUAACGCGUGUGCAACGUUGUUCAAAUAAUCUAAUGUAAACUGUGUGUUAGUUAGACCAGUCACUUCCACAGAACCAAUUUAGCUAGCAAAAGCUAUCCAUCCCAGCUUGUGGGGUAAAUUAGCAAGCUAGCUGGGAUCUUCUUGUGCAGAAUGUUCAAAUCACAUCGAACCGAAGAGGAGAACUUCUACAUGAACUGCAGGGCAGCAUACCUGUCCGUUUUUAAAUCAAGUUUAUCAAACAUCACCUCCAAAGAACAAUUAUGCCACGUUCUUCAUCAGGCAGGCCGUAACCCCUCACAGAAGCUCCUGAAUAAAUACUGGACUCCUAGGACGAAGAGGCUGAACUUUGAUGAUUUCUGUGCAAUAUUGCAGAAGGAUAAGCCAACAGAGCAUGACGAAGUUCUUAGAGUGUUUAGGAAACUGGACAUUAAUGGAGAUGGGUACAUCUCACACAGUGAACUGCAGAAAGUUGUCACCACGAUGGGUGAGAAGAUGACUGAUGAAGAAGUCAAUGAGAUUUUCUCACUAAUUGACACCAACAAAGAUGGGAAACUUGACUAUGCUGAGUUCUGCAGAAUGCUUGGGUCCACGGCAGAGCAGUGUCAGACAGCAGCCCUUGAGAAAUUGGAGGCUGAUGCCAAACUCAGGAGGCAAAACUUUGGCAACCAGUCGGACAUCUCGCCCAAGAGCUCCGUCUCUCCUGCAGCAGCCCCCCCACUCCAAGAUAAAGGGGAACCUGAUGCAGCCCUGCUCAGGAAAGACAGCCGCUCCUCUUCACGGCCAUCGUCGGCUCGCAGUCGUCGUUCUUCUAUCUCCACAGCCAUCACAAUGGCAGCAAGCAGCACCAGAAGUGCCAAACUGGUGGAGCCAAAAUCUUUACAGGAGUGGCAUCAUAGCCAUCUGAAAGGCUGUUUUUUCCUGGAGGAGGAUGGAAGCGUGGUGUCUCUACAGUAUCGACUGGACAUUCCCCAGCACACCACUGUCUACCUUAGCAUACAACCCCUCAACCUCAGCCAGACCCAGGACCAGCCGUCUCCGUGGAUGUCUGUGGACACAGCUCUGCUCGUCAUUAGAGCCAAUGAGGGGAAGGAGGACUCCAAUGUGUUGGGGGUUACUGAGAUGCGGGAUAAAGAGAGGUUUGUGUGGAAGGGGGAGUUGAGUGAGGGCACCUACCUCCUCCUGCCUCUCAGCACAGGCUGCAGACUGGUGCGGAACAGGAAGCCCACGGCCACCAGCCCUGAACUGGUCUACAGGAACCAGGACUCAGGGGAGCUGGAGCUCACCAAAGAGUUCAGGGCGGCGCUGUCUGACAUUUUUGAGGUGAUUGACCUGGAUGGGGACGGCCUGCUGAGUCUGGAGGAGUACAACCUGUUUGAGGAGAGGACCAGUGGAGAGAAGUGUGAUGAGGACGCUUGGGCUGUCUGUAAAGAAAACUUUGACACAAAGAAGAACAUGCUGACCAGGCAGGGCUUUCUGGAGCUGAACCUGAUGGAGGCCAACGACCGCGAAGGAGACACCCGGGACCUGUGGAUCACUCUGGAGGCCAUGGGCUUCAACCGGGCCCUGGAGAUGGUGGAGGCCUGUCCGUUCAUAGUGGACGUGUACUGUGAGGAUGUGAAGCCCACGCUGCAGCCGCUGAACCUGGACUCGGGCCCCAGGAUGCUCGCCGCGGCGCUGCAGCGCUCCAUCGUCAGCAGAGGAGAGGCCAGGCCCCUCAAGGGCCACGAGGGCGUCACCGUGUACACGUGCAGAGGGGAGAGCAGGAUCUCCACCGCCAUCGCCAACAAGACCAACCAGAAAGUGAUGGUGCACGUGAACAGUGAACAGAGCAAGAACUGCGUCAGCAGCAGAGGAAUGAGUGUGUUUGCUGUGGAGGUGCCUGCCAGAACCAAGAUGGUUUGUCAACAUGUUAUGCCCGUAAACGAGAAACAGGAGUGGAUCUACAGCUGCGUGGAGAGCAUAGUCUCAUAAGCAUCUCAUAAGUGUCUCGCACAAUGACUGACACCAUUCCUGAUGUCUCACCUGUGGAGAUGCCUCUUCUAUCCGGUACAAAUACAGCAAGGUUAACGUUCCAUCAGAGGAAGGGAUUCACUCAAGCUUCUUUGCUGUACUCAUAGUAGCCUUGGUAUUCGUUGUGUAUUCGAUUCAUGUAAUUGUCCUGUAAUCUCAAGUGACCUUUUUUUGAAGUGUUUGUAUUAUUAUGUCUGUAUGCGUUGGCACAUGUUUUGAAUGUAAUGUCUUAAUAAUAAUAAACAAACACUGCACAUAUCAAA